AGCAGACAACGUCCACCGUUACAUCCCGCCUCCUCUUCCCCAAAUAGAACCACGUUGCGUGACUUCAGUCUUUAUCUUAAGAUCAUAUAAGUUUAUAAGUGCUGGUCCACUAUUGAAACGAAGGCCCCUUGAACUCUGAGAAUCAGAACCCAUAACUUAUCUUUCACCUUCACUCGAUAGUAUAUCUUUAGAUCUCUCUCGCCGGCUGCCUACAUAACUCUCACAAUGGCACCUCGUACCGACUUCCCACCCGUCAGGGCCUGCCUGUUCGACAUGGACGGCCUCCUCCUGGACACAGAAGACAUCUACACCAAAUGCGUCAACGUCAUCCUCGACCGCCACGGCAAACCCCAACUCCCCUGGUCCGUCAAAGCCCGCCUACAAGGCCGCCCCGGCCCGGCCGCCAACGCCAUCUUCCACAAUUGGGCCCAGCUCCCCAUCCCGCCGGAACAGUUCACCGCAGACCUGUCCGCCAUCCAAGCCGCGCAUUUCCCAUCCUCACAGCCCCUGCCGGGCGUCGUGCGGCUCCUCGCCGACCUAGGCCGGACCCGGUACUGGGCAGCCAAAAACCAGCAAGACAGCAAAACGACGACGACGACGACGACGACAACAACGACAACAACCGCCACGCAACCGAACCACGUCCACAUCGCCCUAGCCACCUCCUCCCACUCCCAAAACUUCCACCUCAAAACCGCCCACCUGACCUCCCUCUUCUCCGUCUUCCCCACCCACCGCCGCGUCCUGGGCGACGACCCCCGCAUCCCCGCCGGCCGCGGUAAGCCCCACCCGGACAUCUUCCUCCUGGCCCUGCGCACCAUCAACGACUCCCUGCCUGCCCACGAACCGCCCAUCCGGCCGGACGAGUGCCUCGUCUUCGAGGACUCGGUGCCGGGCGUCGAGGCCGGACGCCGCGCCGGCAUGCGCGUCGUCUGGUGUCCCCACCCCAUGCUCGCCCGCGAGUACGCCGGGAGGGAGGCCGACGUGCUGGCCGGGCGCAUCGGCGAGGCGGGUGACGAUGCGGACCCGAAUCAGGUGGGGGAGGUGGACGAUGGGUGGGCCGAAUACCUGCCUUCCCUGGAGGCCUUUUCGUACGAGAAGUAUGGGGUUGUGGUGCCGCCUAUUGAGGUGGAGACCGAGGAGUGUAUGAGGGACCGGGUGGAGGACGCCGAGGUUGUAAUCCACGCCAACUAGGGAGGGUAAAAGAAACAUGUGUAGAGAGAUGGUUGCAGUAUUCGCACAAAAUUAUGGCUUGGCGAGAGCAGAGUGUGAUGUGGUGAUGGAUGGAUUGGAAAAACAGAACAUGGCGUCGGCCACUUCUUUAUUUAUCUUCAAAAAUGAAAGCCCGACUCAAAUGACGACGGCAUCGAUUACAAGCUCAAAGAAUAUCCUGCGAGGAAAACGGGUUGG